UCCUCCGCUGGGAGGGGGCCUGAAGCCUGCGCCGCCAGGCGGAAGCGUUGCUGCUAUUGGCCCAGCAGUCGCUGUCACCUGCACGGAGCCCAGGGCCGGAGCGCAAAGUCCGUUGCCCGAGGCCAGCGAUCUGGCGCGGGCAGCACAGGUGGUCCACGCCAUCGGCCCUGCAAGAUGCCGCUUGGACUGCGCGGGAAGAAGAAGUCGGCCAAGUUCAAGGAGACGGCGCGGCUGGUGGAGGGCGAGAGGUCGAGCGUCCACGAAAGUGUCCCCGGACACCCAGCUCCGGCACGAAAGCUAGUGUUCCACGCACAAUUGGCACACGGCAGCGCCACGGGCCGAGUGGAGGAGUUUUCCAGCAUCCAGGAGCUCUACGCCAAGAUCGCCGACGUGUUUGAAAUCGCGCCGUCCGAGAUCUUAUUUUGUACUUUAAACACACCCAAGAUUGACAUGGGGAAGCUCCUAGGAGGGCACUUGGGUCUUGAGGAUUUCAUAUUUGCCCACGUGAAGGGGAUAAAAAAGGAAGUGAACGUCUAUAAAUCAGAGGACUCACUUGGACUCACCAUCACGGAUAACGGUGUCGGCUACGCUUUCAUCAAGAGAAUUAAAGAUGGCAGCACCAUUGACUCAGUCAAGACCAUCUGUGUGGGGGAUCAUAUUGAAGGCAUAAAUGGAGAAAAUAUUGUUGGGUGGCGUCACUAUGAAGUCGCUAAGAAGUUAAAGGAAUUGAAAAAAGAGGAGCUCUUUACUUUGCAGUUAAUAGAACCCAAGAAGGCAUUUGAAAUAGGACCACGGACAAAAGCUGGAAAGGCGUCGACAGAAAAAAUUGGUACUGCAAGAGGGACUCUUCGUCUGAGAUCCAAGGGUCCUGCUACAGUGGAAGAGCUGCCCUCUGAAGCCAAAGCAAAGGCGAUCGAAAAGGUCGAUGAUCUUUUGGAACUGUACAUGGGAAUUCGAGAUAUCGACUUGGCUACAACCAUGUUUGAAGCCGGAAAAGACAAAAGCAACCCAGAUGAAUUUGCUGUGGCCCUUGAUGAGACUCUGGGAGACUUUGCCUUUCCUGACGAGUUUGUGUUUGAUGUGUGGGGAGCCAUUGGCGAUGCAAAACAAGGAAGAUGAUGGUGUGGACGAUCGUCCUGCAGAAAUGACCAGAGCACUUCCGGAGGCAGCCUUCUUGGGGACUCUAGAUACCUUCAUGACCUCCACUUCAGCUCCAUGUGUAUAAGAUUCAGUCUAUCAAAUGCGAUUUGAUUCAUGGAUAAUGUUUAAUAUAGUUUCCUGUGUAGUAUGCUUAAGAUAAAUUGAAGUCUGAUCCAUUUUAAUAUUUUUUCCAAAGCUUCUAAAACUGAUUUUUAAAGGA